UUGUUAAACAUUUUAAUAUAACAACAUGAAGAAAAAAACUAGCGAAAUUUGGUGCUUCUUUAGAGCAAUCGAUGAUACAUUUGCUCUAUGCAACAUUUGCAAAGCAAAGCUGUCAUAUAAAACCACGACCACUAAUUUAAGUAAGCAUAUGAACAGAAUGCAUCCCAAUGCAAAUGGUACGGCGUCAGUACCAAGUCGAAAAUACAAAUAUUUACCCCAGCUCAAUGAGCGCCAUCGAGGAAAGCCACGCAAUUCUAUACAGGAAUCAAUUAUGGUGACAUUUAUAAGGAAGCACCCAAUCUUAUUACAAAAUCUCUCAUGGGAAACGCGCGGAUCGCACGAGUCACUGUGGGAUCAGUUGGCAUCUGAGCUGAACGAUAGUGGUCCCCCACUAAAGGACGUGGCAACAUGGAAAAAGGCUUUAAAAGAUUGGAAACGAUUUAUUAUUAAGAAAGUAGCCAAAAAUGAGCUUCACAAUAUACCCUUGGCCACAGGACUGAGUUCGGCUGAGGAAACCAUCGCUAGUUUAUGCCGCUUAAAUGAUGAUGUGAAUCAAAUGAUUAUUAAUGCGUCAGAAGAUGAGUUGCAAGAUACUUCGAAUACUGCGUUUGACAUGGAUGAUGUGGAAGAUAUUGUGCCUGAAGAUAUUGAUCACAACGCAGCGCUACAAGAUACUGCUGGAUAUACUUAUGAACCCGAUGAUUGCAAAGAGCAAGCCGACAUCGAUCCCCUUUAUGUACAGAGCGCAAAACGCUCAGCGCAAUUAGAGAGCAGAAGUAUUCACAAAGAGCUUCAAGCAAUGAGUAAAAAAAUAACAACAAUCAGCGAAGCUACGGACGGUACAAAGAACGCUUUAAGUGAAUUUUGUGCACUCUAUAAGAAAAAGCUAACGGAGGAUGCGAGACAUCAUGCAGCUAUGGAACAAUUGCUAGCAGAAAAGAAUGCACUAAAAAAGCAGCUCCUCGAACUCGAGCAACGGAAAUUGCUCAAGUAAAUCAAAUCUAAGGUUAUAAUUAAAACACUUAAAGAUUGGACGCAUCAUCUAUUAUUUUUAUAAAAUAUUUACGCUUACAAUGUUACAUCGAUGACACUAGUUAACAGCCUAAUACUAUAAAUAU